AUGGCGCUGCGCAGCGGCAUCGUGGGGCUGCCCAACGUUGGCAAGUCAACGCUCUUCAACGCCCUCGUGGAGAACGGCAAGGCGGUGGCGGCCAACUUCCCGUUCUGCACCAUCGAGCCCAACGUGGGCGUGGUGGCCGUGCCCGACCCGCGCCUGGGCGUGCUGUCCGCCCUGACGGCAUCAAAGCGCACGCUGCCCGCCACGGUGGAGUUCGUUGACAUCGCUGGGCUCGUCAAGGGCGCCAGCCAGGGCGAGGGGCUGGGCAACAAGUUCCUGUCGCACAUCCGUGAGGUGGACUCCGUGGUGCAGGUGGUGCGGUGUUUUGAGGACAGUGACAUCGUGCAUGUGAGUGGCGCCGUCAACCCCACGGCCGACAUGGACGUCAUCAACCUCGAACUCGCCCUCAGCGACCUCUCGCAGAUAGAGAAGCGCAUGGAGCGGUUGAGCAAGAGUCGCUCCAAGGACCCCCAGGCUCGCUCCCGGGAGGAGGCGGAGGCGGGGGCGUUGGAGCGCAUAAGGGAGGCGCUGCUGGCGGGGGGGGCGGCGCGCAGUGUGGCGCUGAGCCAGGAGGACGCGGCGCUGGUGGCGCACCUGUGCCUGCUGACGGCCAAGCCCAUCAUCUACGCCGCCAACGUCAGCGAGGGCGACCUCGCAGACCCCUCCCCCAACCCGCACGUGGCUGCUGUGCGCCAGCUCGCCUCCUCUGAAGGCGCCGAGUGUGUCGUCGUCUCCGCGCAGGUGGAGGCGGAGCUGUGUGAGCUGGGCGAGGCGGACCGGUUGGAGUACCUGGCGUCGCUGGGCGUGCAGCAGGGCGGGCUGGCCGCCCUCGUGCAGGCCACCUACCGCCUGCUGGGGCUGCGCACCUACUUCACUGCGGGGGAGAAGGAGACGAGGGCGUGGACGAUCCGCGCGGGCAUGACGGCACCGCAGGCAGCGGGGGUGAUCCACACCGACUUCGAGCGCGGCUUCAUCCGCGCUGAGACCAUAUCAUACGAUGACUUUGUGGCGAGUGGCUCGUACACAGCUGCCAAGGAGAAAGGCCUCCUGCGAGCAGAGGGCAAGGAGUAUGUCGUGCAAGAGGGGGACGUCAUGCUGUUUAGGUUCAACGUAUAG